AUGAGUGGGGUAGAUAGAAUUUUGGGGAACAUCUAUGUUGGGCCGUGCCAGCCUAUCAUCGACCAUGUACCUUUGAAGGCUGAUUACAACAUUUCACACAUCCUGUCUGUGAUGAAGUUCGAGGUGCUUCCAGAAUACCUCAUACGGAAAAACUACACCAUCAAAAACAUUCCUAUCGACGAUGAUGAGACCACUGAUAUUCUACAAUUUUUAAAUGAAGCGAAUGUGUUCAUGGACCAUUGUCUUUUCCCGCAUGAGCCAGAAUACAAUCCUAAGAAAGUGAGCUUCAAGAAAAAACCACAGCAGAAUGGUGUUUUUGUACACUGCCACGCAGGAGUUUCGAGGUCUGUGACCUUCGUUGUUGCAUACUUGAUGUAUCGCUAUGGACUGAAUCUAAAGUCAGCACUGUAUGCUGUAAAACGGAAACACCCCGGAGCUCAACCAAACGAUAAUUUCAUGGAACAGCUAAGAAUAUAUGAGGAAAUGGGUUCCUGUCUUGUCGACAAUGACAACCAAGGCUAUAAAGUUUGGAAGUUGGCCAAUUCUGUAAAAGAAGAUGUCACUGGGGAAACUAUAUUGGCUCAAGAAGACACAUUCAGAAAUGACGACCAGAAGAGGAUGCAAGAAAUGACCCCCGAGGAACUCGCUGAGGUGUAUGCCAUACGGUGCAAGAAAUGUAGACAGCGUCUUGCAUUGUCUACCUCUUUUAUUAAGCAUGAGCCUCCAAGUAAGGAAUCGACUGAAGGGCAUUUUAUCAGAAGAACGGCAGGUGGCAGAAGAAUUGUCGAUAUCCAACAGUCUCAAGAUAUGUGCUCUCACUAUUUUGUGGAACCGCUAAACUGGAUGAAGGAAGAGCUCCAGGGAAAACAGGAGCUGGAGGGCAAGUUCAGUUGUCCCAAUUGCUCGUCUAAGGUCGGCGCGUAUAACUGGAAAGGUUCUAGAUGCAGUUGCGGAAAAUGGAUGGUGCCGGCAAUCUACUUACAAAAUGCGAAGGUCGACAGAUUGGGAUUUUCUCAAAAAGUGUUACCAAACAUGGUUGGGUCGGGGUUAGCUAGAUAA